AUGCAACCAACCCAAAGCGAGAUCGCCGAGAACGUCAACACGAGCCAACCAGCGACAAACCAGCACGUGGAGCCGACUCGUGAGCCCGACAUAACUGUUCCGACUCCCAGCCCCAACCCAUGGAGGCCAAUAUCAACCCCGACGACGGAAGGAGAGGACGGAGCUCUGGUCAACACAUUCCCAACUCCUCUCGAGGCAAUGGCCCAGGCACACGCCCCAGCCGCUCAAUCCAACGGCGCUCCUCAGUCACUGGAGGCUAACGUCGCCCCUGCUCCCACCCCAACGCAAAACAGCCACAAGGCCGAGACGAAAGGCCCAGCCAAGCGCGAGGAGUCGGCCGAGCUGACCAGCAAAGCCAACGCGAACCCCAAGAAGAACAAGAAGAACAAAAAGAAGAAGGAGCAAGCCGAGAUCGGUAAAGGCGUUCCGACGGCGGCAGGAGUUGGGAGGAUACUAGUGGAGGAAACGCCUACGACGAACAGGCUGACAAGCGUUAAACGCAGGAGGGUGGAAGAGGACACGGGCGACGAGGGCAAGCCCGCAGUCACCAACAGAUUGCAGAGCACCGCCCCCGAAACACCUAGCCAAUCCGACGACCUCCUCUCAGACCUAACCACGGGCGAGAUUCAACUGAGCCCGACGCCGGCCGACGGCUACUUUAGCGACGGAGGCGUCAGCUACGCCGACGUUGAUCAGGCCAUGGAGGUCGAUACGGAGGGCGACAUCCUCCCCGAGCCCAUGCCCACCCCACACACGCCACGGCAGAGAACGAGGCUUGUCCACAACGCACAAGACUUCUUCGCAGGUCGUGGAGCCACGGCACCCCCAGCAUACCCCUCCAUCCACGUCGAUGAGCCGCGCGGCCCAGGCCCCAUCCCUGAAACGCCCCAGACCCCAACUCCCACCAAUAUGCGUGACCUGCGGUUCAGGAGGUACGCCGACCACGAAACCAGGGGGGGCAGUAUCCAGCCCCCUCCCACCAAUGUCACAGUCCGUCUGGACGCCGCCAGACCGAGCCGCGAACACGUACCAGCUCCCCCGCUCAGCCAGCCCUCCCGUCAGGCGACGCCAGGACCGAGCGGUCACCGUAACCUCCUACCCAUGCCAGCGCCGAGAGGCCCCGCCCUCCACCACCCAGCGUAUAUCACCAUACGCGGCCCGACCGCGGCGACCCGCAGACCCCAGGAAGACUGGCCAGGUGUGUACGGCCGAGACGCCUUCUCCUGGACAGAGGGAAUGAAGGCCGAACAGCAUGAGGCGUGGACCGAAAUCGCGAGGGAAAAGCCAGCCGUCCUCAUCCAGGUCCCAGGACACGGAGCCGACGAACCGGAAACCACUGGUAGAGUGGAGAACAUCAUAGGGACGAUCAAAGACUACCUUAAUGUACACAGGUUCGUCGUUACCCCGGCCGUCUCCAAAGAUCGAAACCCCAGGCGCAACCGCGCCCCUUAUUGGUUCCUCCUCCACGAAACGACCGCCGAGACGUGUAACACCCUCCUCGAAGCCGAAUGGCUAGACACCCCCCGAGGCACGAUCAACAUCCGACGCCUCACGGCGGACAACCCAUCAUACGCCGCGGCCUGGAGACUACCGGACAGGCUGGGCGUUACGGACGGUAACUAUACCGCGUUCUUCGUCCGCGAGUUCCAGAGAGGAGACCUACGCAAGAUGGUGCUAACAUACCUAUACGAGGACAUUAACGAAGGCGGACACUGGCACGCAUACUCAAUUGAGGACGCCUUCGUCGAGUGGAUAAGCACCAUCCACGCAGACACCCUCAAGCUCGCCCGGGGCAACGAGCGGCCCGACCCCAUCGUCCGGCUCUACGUGGAGUCACCCACCUAUGACCCGAGGAAGUGGGAGACCUUCUGCGAAGGCGUGAGGGACCACAACUUCGGGAGCAGCCUAACUGGCCCCUCGGUACCUUUCCUUGACGAGAUGCUCUGCUCGUACUGUCACUCCGUUGAUCACCCGGUAGGCCUGUGCAAGGUGGCUAACAUCCCCGGCUGGCAUGACCCGGAGGCACCACGCCAGAACGCGAACCCCGCAUCAUCGACGCAAGACCGCAACGAAAGGGGCAGAGGCGGAAGAGGCGGACGAGGACACGGCGGGCGUGGUGGACGCGGUGGACGCGGUGGCAGUGGACGUGGCGGACGCGGGCGCGGCUAUGGCUAUGGCAAUGGCAGGGGAGGUCGUUUUGACCGCUAUGACCGCUACGACCAGUACUAG